GACCAAAAUAUUCUGUUGGUUCUCAAGGAGCAUGGAAUAACCAUGCCGAGUUUAGACAACGCUGUUCGGUAUUACUUAGCCGAAAAGGACCCAGCAGAAUACCAGUAUCAAAUGGAUAAUUUUUUCGUCUUGAUAGCCGCUCAUCGACUGGAUAAAUUAACCAAAGGACUUGUCAUUUAUCCAAAAAAUCCCUCUGCUAAGAGAGUAUUAUACCAGGCCAUGGCUGACAAAAGCAAAAUAACCAAAAAAUAUUUAGCGAUAUCACAAAAAAUGGAAUUUUCCCCACAAUCAACCAAUCCUCAAGCCAAAUUCUGUGCUCUAGAAGCGAAAAAAAUUAACACCAAGAAUAAUUAUCAGACCUUAGAAAUUACUUCACAUACAGGGAGAAAACACCAAAUUCGCAGCAUUUUGUCCUAUUUUGGAUUGCCAAUUGUCGGUGAUAAAAAAUAUG